GCAGAGAAGAACGCGUAAGAAGGCGAGGUAUUGGGUGAGACCAUACCUCAAGGAAAGGAAUGAUAAGGGAAGAUUCAUCACCGAUUUCGAAAACUUGCGAAAUUCACCGAGGCUCUUCUUUGAAAAUUUCCGUAUGCCACCAGAAAUUUUUGACGAAAUUUUUGAGAUGGUGGAGCCGCAUCUGCUUCCGAAACGCCACUGCAGACCAAAAGAUUUUAUCUCCAGCAAAGCCAAACUGGCAAUAGUACUAGAAUACUUAGCUUCGGGGGAUUUGCAGCGUCAUCUUCCAUCCUGCUAUCGUAUCAGCAAACAGCAUUUUAGCAGGAUCGUCACGUGCGUUUGUGAAGCAAUAUGCACCGUAUUAAAAAAGGAGGUGCCAGAGUGGACGGAACAAAGUCUGGUGGAUAUAGCUGAUGGCUUUAGAAAGCAGUGGAAUUUUCCGAAUUGCGUUGGUGCUAUAGACGGCAAACACGUCAGUAUCAAAGCACCUCCAAAAAGUGGAAGUAUAUUUUAUAACUACAAAGGAUUUCAUUCCAUUGUCUUGAUGGCUACCUGCGAUGCUGAUUACAUUUUAUGUAUUUGGAUGUAGGCGCUUAUGGAAGUGAAGGCGACUCUAAUAUUAUUAGAAAUUCUAAAUUUGGUGCGAGUAUUCUUAAUGACACCUGCCCAUUCCCUCCCGAUGCAUUUAUCGAUGGCAAAAAAAUACCGUACUUUAUCGUAGGAGAUGACGCCUUUCCAUUGUGCAAGCGCAUAAUAAAGCCUUAUAGUACGACGCAUCUUUCGACAGAGCAAACAAUUUUUAAUUACAGGCUGAGUAGCGCAAGGCGGUGCAUUGAAAACGCGUUUGGCAUCUUAAGUGCGAGAUGGCUUUGCCUUCGAAAAGUGUUACUUUGCAGACCUGAUCGCGUGCAAGUGAUUGUUUCGGCAUGUUGCCUGCUGCAUAAUUUUCUUAUAAAUAACUGUCAGCGUACAUAUAAUCCUAAUGUGUUCUCUGGGUUUGAAGACAGUACCGGAAAUUGGGUGCCGGGAGAAUGGGAAGCAAUACAGCAACAAGAAUACACUUUCAAUCAAGAUGGACUAAACACCUACCGCGGAAGAGUUUCAGAUUAUGGAAAAUAUGUACGGAAAAUAUUGACAGACCAUGUUAAUUCAGCUAGUCGAUCGGUUCCCCGGCAAAACAAUGCUACAUUUCUUUGAAAUUGUAAGACUCUCAUUUAGUUUAAUUCAUUUAUUUGAAUAAAGUUUUUUUAUAAUACAUAUAUAAAUUUAAUACGAAGAUUUUUUCUUUAAACCUAGUCAGUACUUUUCUUACUGUUGUUAAACUUUCUUUACAAAAAUAUAGGUGUGCGAGAUUUUUACCAGUUUCGGCUUAAUUCUUUUGUUAAUUUAAUAUUUAUUAAUUUUUUAUAAAUCAUAAAAGUCUAGCUCAUUAUAUGUAUAACCAAGGCGCAUCUAUGCAAAGUGGUGUUAUUUGAACAGCUGAUUGGAUAUUUUUGUCUCUACACUAGUACAGGAGAAUGUCAUCCAAGACGAAAUGGUGCAACCUCAGGAUGUCAACAAAACGAAAUGGUGUAACUUCAGGAUGUCAACAAAACGAAAGGGCGAAAAUUAUCUCCUAUUUUCUUUCGUUUUGACAUCCUGAUGUACCAAAAAGCAAUAACAAAAUACACGGGACUUUUACUUAUAUGCAAUUGACACCACCUUGUAUGGAUGCGCCUUGAUGUAUAACAUCAUAGAAAAUCCACAUUUAAAAUUUUGUACAAAAAUUAUUAAGAUUGAAAUUCUGAUGAAAAUUUGGUGAAUUUUUCUCAUUUUUGUACAAAGCUUGAAAUGUGGAUGUAUGUAUAUGAUGUUAUACAAAUAAUGAACUAGACUAUUGUAAAAAUUAAUAAAUAUUUAAUAAACGAAAGAAUAAAAGCCAAAACUAAUAAAAAUAUAUAUCCGUACAUGAUGUAUGCUACUAAUUGUUGCUUGAAAUUAUUCCACUUUCUGUAAAAGUAUGCUAUUCAUUCUUA